GCUGCAACAACGACUCCCGAAAACCAUUGACCGCAAAUGCAAUGGCACACAGGGCUCCUAAGCCUGCUGUUUGCACUCCUUCUCACUUUCUAUAAGCCGGUGUCGGCCAUAUAUGCGGAUGAAGCAUCAGUCAUCGACUUCCAUCUUGCUCAUGUCGGUACACCUCGUGUCAGUUUUCUGCACGCCCCCGUUGCUGGAUCGGGAAAGCUUGCCUAUGUCGGCACUGAGAAGAAUGUUAUCGCCGCCAUCGGACUGAAGAGCGGUGACUUGUUGUGGAGGCAGAUUGUUGAAGGGGAUCUUGUGGAUGCGAAAGCGUCGGGUGAACGCAUCGUUGUGCUUUCACAAAGCGGUACGAAUGUUGUCCUGUCGGCGUACUCUGCUACACAAGGCCACCUGCUGUGGUCUUCGCCAUUCUUGUCGCAAGAAGCUAUCGAGCCCAGUGUCUCCGUCUCGGAUGUGAACGCCGUUUUGCUCACAGAUGGAGGGUUGGUUCGCAUUGUGGAUCUCACCGACGGUACUGUCGCUGCCUCUUGGUCUGGACACGACGGUAUUACUGUCUACACAAACGUUACCCACACCACAGAUGGUCAUGUUGCGGUCGUGGGCACGACUUCGAACAUUGCGUCCUCUACACUAACCACUGCCAUUCUAGACGCACGUGCCCUGGCUUUGAGUGAGAUUCUGGUGCUUGAUACGAUUGUUACGUCUCCGUCCGAUGUGCUGCACCUGUCACCCCGCCUCCUCAUUUGGAAGAAUGGCGAGACCUUGGAGUAUGUGACGCUUGGCAAAGCUCAGGUUAUGGAACUGCAGGCGCCUGCCAACGUAGGCCACGCUCGUGCAUUCUCUUCACGAACUGGCCGCUCUAUCUUGGUGCAGUUCCAGCAUUCUACCACCUUCUACACUGUCUCUGCAGAGGAUGGCUCCCUUGUAUUGAAGUAUACCAUUCAGAACCCCGAGGGUUCUGAUCACUGUGCAUACUCCGCUGCGGAGUCUGAUGAGGAAUAUCAUACGCGCUCGUGUAUUCAAGGUGAUGUUGGGCGUGUUGAAGUUUUCGGUGUUGCAGAGUGGGGGGUCGUCAAAUCUUGGAGAGUUGAUCUCGCCGACGCGCAUAGCACGGGUCACUUUGGGGGCGUGUUGGCUGCUUCAAGCGAGAUCAUGACCGCUGUUGAUGGUCUCGUGGGUCGCGUUCUGCUCGUUACUGUCGAUGGAUCAAUUCACCUGUGGCGCGAUUCUAUGCCGUUGUGGACGAGACACGAGAGUUUGGCGCAUACUACGCAUGCUACGUUCGUUGACCUGCCCGAUCCCAGUGUUUCAAAAGAAGUGGCGGACGAGGAAACUCAUGAAGGUCUUUCUGCAUUCCUGAAGAGGGUCACUAGACACAUCGGGGAAGUUCAUCGUCUUCCGGCCUUCUUCUCUGGCUGGGCAGCACGCUUUGCGCAAGGCGAAUAUGAGGUAUCGCCAACCGGUAUAAGCGCCGCGAUCGCCCGUGAUACAUUCGGAUUCAGGAAGUUCAUUGUCACUGGCACGGAGAAGGGAAAGCUUGCUGCCCUGGAUACGGCAACCGGCAAGGUGGUAUGGUCGCAGUUUUAUCAGGGCAAUGCAGCCGUGGGUCUAUGGACUGUCCGAAAUGCAUCUCCCGAUCAUCCUCCGGUUGUCGCUGUCCUCCUUAAGGGACAAGGUACCAUGGACUGGCUCGAGUUGAACGCAUUAGAUGGUACUGUAGUUGGAAGCGAGUCUUGGACAGGCUCGUUUGGUGCGGCCUUCGCAAUUGAAGGAGUUCAAGGACCUGAAGAUACAUUGUCCGUAGCCGUCGUCAGUCAAGAAGGUGCUUUGAAAGUCUUCCCGAAAGACAAGGGGAUGCAGGCCAUCAGUGCUACUUUUACUGGCAUUCGUUUUGCUGUUACCAACGGCAGCUCAGCAGUCCAGGGAUUUGAGCUUGAUGCAACUACUGCAAGUGCAAGGUCGCUCUGGAAAAUUGACUUUCCCUCUGCUGAAGUUAUCCAGUCCAUCUCUGCAGCAGGAGCCAACCACGUUGCAAGUAUUGGCAGGGUCUUGGGUGACCGCUCGGUUAUGUACAAAUACCUUCACAGUCAUUUGGUCGGUAUUGUCACGACUGAUGCGUCUGCAUCAUCGGUGACGAUUUACCUUGUUGAUCUUGCGCGUGGUACCAUUGUGCACCAAGCUCGCCAUGGUGACGUUGACACAACAAAGACUGUCAGUAUCGAGCUAGAUGAGAACCGAGUUGUGUACGCCUUUUGGUCUAUUGGGCCUAGUGCUGGAACGCAGAUCAAUGUCUUGGAGCUUUAUGAACAUGAAAAGCCCAAUCAGCGGCUUGAUCCCGUUCCACUGGACUAUGUGUCUCGCGAUGUCGACUUGCAACCUUAUGUGGUUGGUCAAGCAUACCGUUACCCCGCACGUAUUUCGGCAUUAGCGACGACUCAGACCCGAUAUGGGAUAACUAAACGCGAUACCGUUGCUUUCCUUCCAGAUCUGAAUAUGUUGGUGGAGCUUCCGAAGAGUCUUCUUGAUCCCAGGAGGCCGAAGAAGGAUGUGAAGCAAAUGAGCACCGCGGAAAAGGAGGAAGGCUUGAUUCCUUACGAUCCAAUCCUCCCUGACGAAAGGCGAUGGGUGAUUUCGCACAAAAAUGAGAUCUUUGCGGUGAAGGAUAUUAUUUCGGGUCCUGCCUAUUUGGAGAGCACUUCGUUAGUGUUUGCCUUUGGUUUGGAUAUGUUUUUCACACGAGUGACGCCAAGUCAGUCAUUUGACAAAUUAAGCGCGAGCUUCAGCAAGGGACAGCUUCUGUUGACUAUGAUUGCCCUUUGCGCUGCGGUCGCUCUUACGAGUCCGAUGGUUCGCAGGAAACAGCUGAACGCGCUGUGGGGCGUUCAGUGAGUUACGUCAGCUACAACCAAAACUGGUUGUGUUACACAUGGCGGGAAAUGUGUUCAGGAAAAGAUUAGAAAUAUGCUUGCAAUUUGACAAAAUCGGCUUCACAUAAGGCCAACUAACUAAUACCCAAAAUAUGAAAAACUAAAUGACAUAACUAUAUGAUGUAAACCAACCAGACGUCGCGCGCAAACAUUUCGUGCAAUGCACUGAAAUCAGUCGUUCCAUUGCGUUUUGGACACAAAUUCAGACCACGUAGUGGGCUUUCCC